AAAUCCGGGAACCAGGAAAGCUGACCGCUAUUUACAUUCACGCGCUAAAAAACAACCUCCUUCUUUCUCGACUCUGGAGUCUAGGGCACAUAAAUCGCGUAGGAUGAGAUUGAAGUAACUGUGGACAUUACAACUUCGAAAGUAACUCAAUAACCCAAGAAAGGGAAAAACAAAGGAAAAGCAAAAUUCGAAGAACAAAUCAAAUUAAUAAAAUCCUUCGAAAGGUUUCACCAAAUUGAUCCCCGAUCUGUUUUCUUCUUCAAUGGCCGACGCUCCCUCCUCUCCCGCGACCCUUGACCCCACCAUUUCUCAAUCCAAACUCGAUCCCGACAACCCGAUUCCGCAACCCGCCCAACCCGAUCACCCUCCAUCCUCUACUGCAUCAACACCGCUCCAACCAAACCCUAACCCUAACCCUAACCCUAACCCUAGUGCGCCACUGGUAUCUCCUCAUCCUCCUCCCGUGAUGCCCUCCUACUCGACUCCUCCUCCGCCGAUCUCCGGAGCCGCCACUGCCGUCCCGCCCGCGCCUCCAUCGUUCCGUCCGGUUCCGCAGUUUUCUCCGUUACCGAAUUUUCAAGCUCCUGGCGUGCAGCCACCCGGAGUGAGUUCCGUUCCUGGUUCUGUUCCGCCGCCGUUGAUGCAGUACCAGGUGCCGUCGGGUCAGGUUCCGAAUCCUGCUAUUAGACCGUUUGCACCGAUUCCAAAUGGAUAUGCAGCCGUGCCGGGAGCUGUUCCUCAGGGCACCAUGCCUCCUCCUGGACUUCUCCGCUAUCCAUCUCCUUACCCGGCAAUGAUUCGGCCUGCAUUUCCUCCACGUCCACCCGGAGCAAUUGGUGUAAUUCCAGCAGUAUCACGUCCCCCUGUUCCAGGUGUUCCUGGUGUUCGCCCAAUUAUUCCUCCUGUUGUUAGACCGGCUGCUGUUCCUAAUGUUUCACCAGCAGAGAAACCACAAACUACAGUUUAUGUUGGCAAGAUAGCACCAACUGUUGACAAUGACUUCAUGCUCGCUCUUCUUCGCCUUUGUGGACCUGUCAAGAGUUGGAAACGUGCUCAAAUUCCCACUAAUGGGACUCCUAAAGGAUUUGGGUUCUGUGAAUUUGAGUCUGCUGAAGGGGUUCUUCGUGCUUUUCGCCUGCUUAGCAAAUUUAAUAUUGACGGGCAAGAAUUAUCGUUUAAUGUUAAUAAAGCAACAAGGGAUUAUUUGGUGCGGUAUGUUGAAAAGAAAACAGAAAAUGCAAAGAAAGUCAAUGAAGCUCAAGCUGCAGGGGCUGAGAAAGAAGGUGAAAAUGCAGUAGGUGAUGAGAAGAAUGAAAUUUCGACACCUUCUGUUGAGGAUUCCAAGAACAAAGAAAAUAUUGACAUUGCCAACUCUGGCAUUGUGACUGAUGAAGACCGUGAGGCUGAUCGAAUUGCUUUGGAGAAACUUGCUAGCAUGAUUGAAGAGAGGUUAAAGACCAAUCCGCUCCCUCCACCACCUCCACAAAUUGCUCCUGAUGGUUCUGGGAAAUCAAAUUCAGAUCUGCCUGCUGAAUCGAGGGACGGGGACUCUGAUGUUGAUGUAAUGAGAAACGAUGGAGCUGAAGGUAAAAAUGAUGAUGAGACUACCAGUGAGAGCAAAGCGACAACUGAGAAUGACCGACCUGGGACAAGUUCACCUGAUCGUAGGUAUGAUAGGAGAAGUAGAGACAGAGAGCAGGAUCUUAAGAGGGAAAAGGAGCGUGAAAUUGAAAGAUUAGAAAGAGAAACAGAGCGAGAAAGAAUAAGAAAAGAGAGGGAGCAAAGAAGGAAGAUUGAGGAGGCAGAGCGCGAGUAUGAAAAGUUACUUAGAGAUUGGGAGCAAAGAGAAAAGGAUAAGGAGAAACAGAGACAGUAUGAGAAAGAGAGGGAGAAAGAGAGGGAGCGCAAACGGAAGAAGGAGAUUCGCUAUGGUGAAGAGGAUGAUGAUGAUGAUGAUUCAAGAAAAAGGUGGCGUAGGAGUGCUUUAGAGGAAAAGAGGAGGAAGAGGUUGCGGGAGAAGGAGGAUGACCUUGCUGACAGACUCAGAGAAGAGAAAGAAAUUGCUGAGGCCAAGAAGAGAGAAGAGGAGGAGCAGCUGCAGCUGCAGCAGCAGCGAGAUGCAUUAAGGCUUUUGUCAGGUCGUGUUGCAAAUGGAGGUGAAAAGACUGUGUUGGCUGAAGAAACUUGCACUGAAAGCAAAGGUAAGGCAAUUGAACAGCAUUAUGAUCGUGAAUCAAGUCAUGAAAACCAGAUAUCAGGUGAUGGGAAUAUGCAAAAUGGUUCUGUUGAUGAGUCAAACAUGGCUUUUGUUGCUGCAUCAGAUACACGGCAGAGUGGCAAUGCCCCCGUAAGGAAGUUGGGUUUUGGUCUUGUUGGAUCUGGAAAGAGGACUACUGUCCCUUCUGUUUUCCAUGAGGAGGAGGACGAUGAUGCACAGAAGGAGAAGAAAAUGAGGCCCUUGGUUCCCAUUGAUUAUUCAACUGAGGAGCUGCAGGCUGUCCAACCUGGUGCACCACCACCGAAUUUGAUUGCAGCUGCUGAAUUUGCAAAGCAAAUAUCAAAUGUUAAUCCUAAAGAGGAAAAGCAUGAUGCAGAAAGAGACCGAAGCAGACGAUCUUAUGAUAAAUCUAGCAGGGAUAAAGACCGUAAUGAUGAGGAUAAUGAUCGCAUCAGAGAUAGCAAAGAGAAGAUCCCUGAUCGGGAUAGGGACAGGGAACAUGGACUGGACAAGGUGAAAACAACUGAUAAUCAGAAGCUUUUGGAUGCCAAACAAUUGAUUGAUAUGAUUCCAAAGACCAAGGAGGAACUAUUUUCAUUUGAGAUAAACUGGAAUGUGUAUGACCAGCACGCAUUGCAUGAGAGAAUGAGACCCUGGAUUUCAAAGAAAAUUACAGAGUUUCUGGGGGAGGAAGAGAAAACACUGGUAGAUUACAUUGUAUCUAGUACUCAGGAACAUGUGAAGGCUUCCCAAAUGCUAGAGCUGCUGCAGUCUAUAUUAGAUGAAGAAGCGGAGAUGUUUGUGCUUAAGAUGUGGAGGAUGCUCAUAUUUGAAAUUAAAAAGGUAGAGACUGGUCUGGCUUUGAGGUCAAGAGCCUGAUUGAGCAUUGUUGUAGUGUGGUUCCUGUGCUGCCGCCUGACUGAUGGUUUUGUUAUCAUAUACAUGGUUGUUAUCCCCGUUGGGUGAAUCAUGUAUGACUCCUCGUCCUGCUGUAAGACCCAAAAAUGUAGAUUCACUUAGGGAAUAGCCUUGUUGAGUUUGUAUUACUUGAAAGUACAAUUUGUUACAUCAACAUUUUUUUUCUUGCUGAUUUCACCUUUUUUGGGGCCCCUUUCUAUGGAAUAGCAGUGUUCUGACA